AUGGCCGAGGAUCUAGACACGAGCAAGAUCAGAAAUUGGCGAUCAAUAAUCACUCUGAUUGUCUUCGUGAUAACUAAUAUUAUCGUGCUUUUCCCGUUCAGCGUCCCAAUCUACAUCCCGCGAUGGCUUUACAACGCGACCCUGGAUACACUCAGUGCUCUGCGCAUAAUACCCUCCCGCAAAGUUUCGCCACGAGACCAAGAUGAGCGAAGCUUCAUGGUACGGAUCAAUAUACCCCUCAAUUUUGUUACCGCACCUUUAGCAGCCGAUCUCUUCUUGUUGGCCAUCCUGGCGAUUGGGCGAAAAGAGGUACACGAUGGAACGAUCGGCGCCGACAACAUUUCUCCAAUUGAUAUCAUGGCGUUCUUCCUCACGCUUGCCUAUAUUGCUAUCUCGAUCGAUGCCUCCGGACUUAUUCGAUGGCUUGCAUUCAAGGUGCUCCAAAAAGGUGGUGGAGUAGGCCACCGGUUAUUCUUCUACCUCUACGCUUUCUUCUUCGGGCUGGGCAGCUUCAUCGGCAAUGAUCCCAUCAUUCUAUCUGGCACUGCAUUCCUUGCCUAUAUGACUCGAGUAUCGAGCAAUAUUGUGCACCCGAGAGCCUGGAUCCACAGUCAGUUUGCGGUGGCCAAUAUCGCAUCGGCUGUUCUGGUCUCCUCAAACCCAACGAAUUUGGUCCUCGCAGGAGCUUUUCAGAUCAAAUUCAUCGUCUAUACUGCCAACAUGAUCGUUCCAGUUGUGGCAACGGCGAUAGUCAUGUUCCCUUUCCUACUGUACAUCAUCUUUGCUGAUGAAUCUCUCAUUCCCUACUCCAUUCAAAUGCAUGAGCUCUCCGAGGAAGCAAAGGCCAGGAAGCCAGUCAACCCCAAUAUUCCCCACGCAAGGGGUAACGCGGAAGAAGAGGAAGAGAUAAACAACGAAAAUGGAAAACUACUUUCUCUCGAAGAGAUCAUGAAUCCAUUCUUGGACAAAGGAGGCGCCGCAUUUGGCGCGGUGAUUAUGGCCGCGACACUCAUUACCCUACUUGCGAUAAACGCCGCAAGUCAAUCUGGACAAGAGCACCCCGUGUUUUGGGUUACCUUGCCUGCUGCCUUCAUUAUGUUCUGCUGGGAUCUUGCCUCUGGUUGGAUCCAUCGGCACGAGACGCGCGAGAUUGCAGCCAAGGGUCGACGGGAAGUGGAAGCCGCGAGAGCAGAGAGGGACUGUGAAGGAUCAAGUCGUAACCUGCAAGAGCAUGACGAUAAUGCAAGCGAUCGCAGCAGGCGAUCAGAGGUACUGGAACCUUCUUCGCAAAGCUCUUCCCGGAGUUUCGUGGAUGGUGACAAGGUCUCACACGGUAACCCAGAUAUCACCAGCCGCAAGCGAGCUCCUCGAGAUGACUCCGAGAAGCGCCUGUCAGCAGACCCGGUGUACUCAGGAGAUGAGCCUUUCCCAAAGAUGUCGGUGCCUGUUGGGGUAAUGGAUACUUCUCAGAAGCUCACUCUCAGCACUUCUCCCGAGCCGCUGGAGGUGACACCUACUUUCGUGGACGAAGAGAAACGGGGUGUGUAUCAGAAGGAGACAAGCUCACCUCAAACUCUGGUAUCGCUUACAAAAGACCUUUAUCGGUGGCUGCAGGAGACCUUUCCAACUGUCACCGUGGUGGUCUCACAUAUGCCGUUCCCUCUUGUUCCAUUCGCACUCGCCAUGUUCGUGCUGGUGCAGGCACUCGUCACCAAGGGAUGGGUGCCUGUAUUUGCGUAUGGUUGGGAUCACUGGGUCAACAAGACUGGAAUAGUAGGAGCAAUUGGCGGAAUGGGCUUUUUGUCCGUGAUUCUUUGCAAUUUCGCUGGAACAAACAUUGGCACAACCAUUCUCCUCUCCCGAGUAAUUCAAGCGUGGCAAGAGAUUCAUCGACAGAACGGGAUUCCUAUUAGCGAUCGCACUUUCUGGGCCUCUGUAUACAGCAUGGCCAUUGGUGUUAACUACGGCGCUUUCAGCACUGCGUUCAGCGCAUCGCUUGCAGGUCUUCUAUGGCGUGAUAUUCUGGGGAGAAAGCAUAUUCGCGUUGGCAGCAUCGAGUUCGCACGAGUCAAUCUCCCUAUCAUCGCUAUCGCCAUGGCCGUUGGAUGUACCGUCCUCGUCGGAGAGAUUUACAUUAUGCGGAAAGACACUCCUUACGACGCAUGA